AGCCGUCUCCUCUCAGUCCUCGCCAGCUGCCGUGCGCCCUGGGACCCUGACCUGCGCGCUCGGUGUCCACUGCUCCCUCUGCCGCGAUCCCGCCAAGCCCCUACAGAGCCGUCGCUGAGCCGGGACAUGGUCCUCUGCGUCCAGGGACCUGGUCCUUUGCUGGCUCUAGAGCAGGUUGGGCAGCGGCCCUUGUGGGCUCAGAACCUGGAGCUUCAGUCAGCCAUGCAGCCUUUGCCUAUUGGGGCCUUCCUGGAAGAGGUGGCAGAGGAGACCCCUAUCAAACCAGAGAGUGAGCCAAAGGUGCUGGACCCUGAGGAGGAUCUGCUAUGCAUAGCCAAGACUUUCUCCUAUCUUCGAGAAUCUGGCUGGUACUGGGGCUCCCUUACAGCCAGUGAGGCCCGGCAACACCUGCAGAAGAUGCCAGAAGGCACAUUCCUAGUACGAGACAGCACCCACCCCAGCUACCUGUUUACACUGUCAGUCAAAACCACCCGGGGCCCCACCAAUGUACGCAUUGAGUACGCUGACUCCAGCUUCCGCCUGGACUCCAACUGCUUGUCCCGGCCUCGUAUCCUGGCCUUCCCAGAUGUGGUCAGCCUUGUGCAGCACUAUGUGGCCUCCUGUGCUGCUGACACCCGAAGUGACAGCCCUGAUCCUGCUCCUGCCCCAGCUCUGCCUAUGCCUAAGGAAGAUGCUCCUGGUGACCCAGCGCUGCCUGCCCCUGCAUCCACUGCUGUACAUCUAAAACUGGUGCAGCCCUUUGUGCACAGGAGCGGUGCCCGCAGCCUACAGCAUCUGUGCCGCCUUGUCAUCAACCGUCUGGUGACUGAUGUGGACUGCCUACCGCUGCCCCAGCGCAUGGCCCACUACCUCCGACAGUACCCUUUCCAGCUCUGACGGGGCCUGCUAUCUUGCCCAACCUCAUGCACCCACGUCCUGGAGUGGACAAAGGCCCCUGCUGGACUUGGGCCCCUGCCGUCCUUCCUUCAGUCAUCCUGGUGCCUCCAUGUAUCUGGCAGCUGGACCAGGAAGAGCUAACAAGAAGGCAGGGGAGUGAGGGGAGGUAUCAUACAACUUGUGGCUCCAUUAUUGUGAGCCAUGUGUCAGAGGAGAGGGAGACAGGCAGGACCUUGUCUCACCCUGCAAGAUAGGCCUAGGCCUUCACUCAUCUGCCUGCCCCAGCCUUUUGAACUGUGCAGACUUUCCCAGCCCUGCUUUCUCAAUCCACAGGGUAGGGCAGGCCCCCUAUCUCCAGCCAGCCUCAGCUGCUAGGAAGAAGGCGGCCAGAGGAACUGAGGUUGACAAUGAGAGUCCCCUUGUGAGGAGCAGACCAGGCUGGGGGACACCACAGUUAUAUAGUAUUUAUUUAUUUAUUCUUCUUGGGGUUGGUCUCAAAUGAUCCACCCCCACCUCUCUGCCCUGAGCCCUGGGUUGUCCAGAGAUAGCUCUGUGCCAGCUUCUCUGGUUCUUCCCUGUGGAGGGCCCAUCCUGAGAUGUGUUGUUGGAUCCAAGGCAGCCCUGGAUGUCUUAGUGCUGCCUCACCUGCGUGUGAGCAUGUGUACUCUUCUGUCCCCAGCCCUGUUUUGGGUGGCCAGAUAAAUGGACAAGAAAAUGGAGCCAGAAUCUAAGUCCCCAGCAGAGCCUGCAGCUCACCCCUUUUAGGGCUGGGCCGGAGCUGCACAGCACUGCCCUCAUUGUUUUGCAGGCCCCGAAGAGGGGUGUCCUAUGUCAGGAGGGGGCACCAGCUGAAGGGUGACUGCCGUACCCAGGAAGGUACCUACAUGUGUGAGCAGAGAAGAAACAUAUAGCUAAUACGACUUUAUAAAAUAAUUAUUGUAAGACAAUAACCAUUUUGGUAGUCUUUUUUCUUCCACUGAUUUUUCUGUAAUGAUAAUAAAAUUAUACUUUUCAUUUAUACAAUCUUAAA